AUGGGAUCUCAGGUGGAGGGCAAUGACGCACAACUGUACUGCCAGCUAGACCUAGAAGAGAUGAUCGGAGGCGAGCGGAUGAGAUCGGAAGCGAAUGAACAACAGGAGGGGGAGGAGGAGUCAGAGGAGCCGAUUGUCCUAACAAUCACUCCUGAGGAAGGAGACCGGUCAGCCUUGGUACAAGAGAUGUUCCGCGCCAUGUCCUACUGCGCUUCUCUCCAUCCAACCUCAUUGCCCAGGAUCGAGGACCAAGCCGACAAGGACGACCAUCAUCUACUGGAUGCCCUUCUGAGUCACGAUAAUUCCCCCGAACAACCUCCCGCUGACCAUCUUGCUGCUGCCAAUCGAUUCCAGCCUUAUUGA